GAUGGACCCCAUCGAGGGGAGGGGCUUUCAUUUUUCACGAUGUUCACGGUCUUCUCUCAGCAGCGUCUUGUGUUCUCUGGGACACCUCCUAGAAUGGAAAAAAUAGGGAAAGUUUUAGAGUUCCAGUAGGGAUCGUCGAGGAGGAGGAGGAGCGGCGAUGGCGAUGGCGCUAGAGUGCCGAUCCCUGCUCUAGAAGAAGGUGCUGGCGCCGGCGCCGCCGCCGUAAUAUCGCCUGGAUCGAUCGCCGAGGAAGAAAUCGGGGCUUGUUUCUCCGCCGGGGCAUCGAAUUCCACCGCGAUCGCCGAUAUUUCACGAGGUUUGGGAUCUAGAUUAGUGUUCUAGCAGCAAUGCUCGAUGCUACUCAUCUGGAUGCUUGCUAAUUUUGGAGUCGAUUCGUGAGUUUUGGUUUCGGCAUAGAUAUUUCGACAACUAGGAAUUGCCUGGAGCGAGGUUUUCUCUUUUGUUUGCUUCUUGCUUCUUUUCUUGUUUGAGCAUGCUAGAUGGCCCCAGAAGAUGGGAGCCUUUGCAUGGUCGAUAGGGGAGUGUCUCUAGACUCUUCUGGGGGGCACUGGGUUGCGGCUGCUACAGCCGGAGACGAGAGAGACGUUUUCAUCUCUUGGUUAAAGGGUGAAUUCGCGGCAGCAAAUGCCAUCAUCGACGCACUUUGCCAGCAUCUCCAACAGGUUGUGGGUCGUCCCGGGGAAUACGACUUCGUACUUGGGAGCGUUCACCAGCGACGGUACAACUGGAAUCCCGUUCUUCAUAUGCAGCAGUACUAUUCCAUUGCGGACGUCCUCUUCUCGUUGCAGCAGGUUGCUUUUAGAAAGCAGGCUCCAGUGGCCAGUGGUGGUGAUUCUCCCGUACAGGUUGAGGGGAACCCCUCGAUCAGGUCCGGUUUAAAGAGCAACAAGGUUGAUGCCGAGAUAGAAAGUAAAAGGAGUGACAGUCCUCUCGCUGACGAGGCGUCGAUUGCUUCGGAUACAACUUCUAGCGUUGAAGAACUCAAAACAGAAUUGCCUUCGUCGAACAUCUCGACUGCAAAACGUUCAGCUAUUGCAGAUGCAAAGAAGACGUCAUCUGUAGCCGACGAAAGUGCGGAAAAGUCCAUGAGCGGAUUUGAAGAGAUUGACGGCCAAAAGGUAAAUGUGCUAGAGGGGCUUAAAGUUCACGAAGGCAUUUUUGAUACCAAAGAAGCCUCGCGGCUAGCGGCUCUGGUUAGCGAGUCUCAUGCUGCAAAAAAGAAAAACAAAAUUGAAGCGGGCGGUAAGCGAUCUUCAAAAGCGAAGGGAAAAGAAGUAAUUCAUUUCGGCACUAUACCGUCUGAAAUCUCGUCGCCCGUUACAGAAGAGACGGCUGAACCGAUGCCCGCAUUUUUGGAAUCAAUAAUUGAUCGCCUAGUAAAGUGUCAGGUCGUUCCUGCAAGCAAACGACCGGAUUCAUGUAGUAUAAGUGUUUUGGAGCCGGGAGACUACAUGCCUCCGCACAAGCACAACAAUUUUGAGCAACCUCUGUUUAUUCUUUCCCUGGGAUCGCAGUCCGAGCUAGCAUUCGGUCGCAACUUGAAAGCGAACAGCAGCAGCACGGAUGAGAAAUACAAAGUUGGCCUUCCUGCGGGGUCAGUACUAGUGCUCGAAGGCAACAGCGCACAAAUGGUACAGUGCGCAGUGCAGCCUCUGCAAAGCACACGGAUGCUGGUCACCUUUGGUAAAAUGGCCAACAAAAGCUUGAAAGCGAUCAUCGGGAGCCCAACGUCACCAAGCGGCUCGCCAGUAUCUCCCACGGUAGCUCCGGAUGCUUCUUUCGGCAACAACAAGCCGGGACACAACUUUGUCCACGUUCUAGCACCGGCAAGAGGCUUCCAGUCGUCACGAACGCAGCAGGGAGUCCCGGCUCCAAUGGUAGUCCCGGUCAGAACAGCACCAGGACAGGUUCUCCAGGCACAGCAACCAGUGAUCAUCGCCAGCGUCGGCCCGUUUUCUCCAGUGACUAUGGUCGGCCCGGGAUGGUCGACUCCUCCCCCUCCGGGGAUCACGCGAGUUCCCAGCCCGGGAACUGGAGUUUUUCUUCCUGCCAGCAACGGUGCCGUGCUCUACAACUCGUCGCAUCGCUCCAGGUCCGCGGCGCACCACUUUGACGCUGCUUCCGAUGGCCACCACCACCGGAAAGCUAUUGCGGCCUGAAGAAGAAAAAGAAAGUUUUGGAUCACUGUUGAGACUAUGAAAAAAGCAUCAACAUCAACAUCGUCCGGGGCGAUCGAUCGAUCGUUUUGGUUGUGGCGUUCUUCUCUCCAGCAGCAAAACAGAUUCUUCAUUCCCUGAUCUUUUGUUCUUGAGCUGGGAUAACUUCUCAAGAAAACAAUGCUUUUCCUUUUCUCUCAUUCUUUCUAGGUUCCACUCCAACACGAGGAUCUUGCUUAGAGAUUAGCACAACGUCGAUGUUAGCAGCAACGCAUCGCGUCGUCGCAGUGGAAGAUAUUUUAACGACAAUUUUGUUAGCAAGAA